GUGUUCCCACACUGCAAGAGAGUUGGGUCCAGAGGCACUGUGUUUUUGUCACUUAGGAUAUCGCAUCACACACCAGCUGCAAACAUGGUUGAGAAGUUCGUUGGGACGUGGAAGAUGAUUUCCAGCGAUAACUUUGAUGACUACAUGAAAGCAAUUGGUGUGGGAUUUGCAACCCGACAGGUGGGAAAUCGGACCAAGCCCAAUUUGAUAGUGACCGUAGACGAUCAAGGAAUUGUAUGCUUGAAGUCUCAGAGCGCAUUCAAGACAACCGAAAUCAGAUUCAAGCUCAACGAGCCUUUCGAUGAAACCACCGCAGACGACAGGAAGACCAGGACCGUGGUGACUCUGGAAAACGGCAAGCUUGUGCAGAAACAGAGCUGGGAUGGCAAAGAGACGAAUAUUGAGAGGGAAGUCACAGAUGGAAAAAUGGUAGCGAAAUGCAUAAUGGGAGACGUAAUCGCAGUGAGAACGUAUGUGAGGGAGGCGUGAUGAGGGUCCCUUCGGCCUACUUGUUGGAUGCAUUGCUGGAUGAGAGGCUCAGUUCAAUGAGCACAAACCAAACUAAAGUAAUGGCGUGUUCUGCUCUCCCUAUUCUUUAUCUUCACUGUGUUGCCAAAAAUAAAGAUUUCUAUGCCUCUGUUCUCCAACACGACACAUUUGAUUUCAUUUGGAAUUGUUGUGGUGAUUUGAAUAAAAAUGGCUGAAAAAUUUGUCAAAA